CUUACCUCGAUCUCCUGCACCUGCUCCUGAUUGACGGAGUACAUCUGCUGCACGCCCUGUUCCAGCUCACGGUUCCUCUCCAGCAGCGACUUGCCCAGCUCGGCGGCCAGCUGAAGGUCUGCAGGAGGAGACGCGGUUUGACACGGACACGGACACGGACAUGGGGUGGUAUCAUAUUUUGACCGUAUUGUCAUAACCUUGACAUAACUGUAGACACGCUAACUCGUAUAGCUGGUUGCAAAUGUUCAUUUCAAGAAAGCGUUAUCGUAACAUAUUGAGGUUACCUUGAAUUUGUUGAAGACCGAUUGUUGUAAAUGUGAUGUGGUAUUGAAAUAUUGCCUCCUCUAACAGCCACUUUUUGGAAGCACCUUGUGCAUAUCCUUCCUCUACCAAGCUGCGGUGUAUACCCGGGAUUUUUCCGACUUUUUUGACAAAGGGGAAAAGUCGUAGGGCUCACCGACUGCUGGAAGGAAAUCAAAUUAAUCGACAACUAUUUUGAUCAUUAAUUAAUCGUUUAGAACCGCUGUUUAACUUGAAAUUGUCAAAAUCCUCUACUUAACUGUACAUAUUCUCUGAUUUCUGUCAUCCUAAUGAAAGCAGACUGACGGAUUAGCCUUGUGCUUCAUUAAACUAAGACAUUUGCCAACGUCUGCUUUUACUUUGAAAAACAAUCAACAUGUUUCUCUAUAAUCCGCCACGAAACGGACCAAACCAGUAACCGAAUCAUCAUAAUAAAAGUUUAAUUUAUUACCAAAAUAAUGGCUAUUUGCAGCCGUAGUAUGAACAGCCUGUAAUUGACAUGUAGUUGACACAGAGGUGUACAUCAAAUAGUAGCCCUUCGCAUAAAUCAGCAUCGCUCUCAGUUUCAACAAGGUUGGCAAGUACAACAUCACUCCCUCUCGUGUGACAUUGCUUAAUUGUUGUGUAUUUGGCUUUGUUUAACCAUUAAACAAUACCAAAUAAACAACAAUAAUUGGUUAAUUGACCAUGAAUAAAAAUAAAAAAAAGAUUUUGCAAUAAACUUCAAUGCUACUUAAAAAAAUAUAUAUCUGAUUAUUCGAUGGAAUAAUUGAUUCUAACAAUGUUAUAUUCAAUAUUGACAGUCCUGGACACUGUCACUGUUUGGACAUGCACACAGACGAUCUUUGGAAUUGGUUACAGUUUGGACACAGAUCCAAAAGACACAAAAGUGAAGUGUCCAAACUGUGUGUGUUGUGAUCCACUGACACACUCGUGUUCAUGUGCAGCACCUAAUUGGGGCCCAUUUGGACUACUACUCAGCUUUCCUCCAAUUACGUUAAAGUAAAAAAAAAAAAAUAUAAAAAAAUAAAAUAAAAACAGCUGUCAGAUCUGUUCCAGUAGCAUUUUCGAAUUAAAACACAUUAACUCAACCAACAGCAAUAACACGGAAAGCGAGUUCGUUAGCCAAAAGGUUGCAAAGGUUACCGUUUUCCAGGUCUUGCUUAUCGUACCAGGGCUCUUCCUCCUUCAGCUCGAACUCCUCGUCCAAGCUCAUGUCCGUCAACAUCUCGGCGACAAUUUCAAGAAAUAUUUGAUUUACUGUCAAAUAAUGCUCCGGAUUGACAUGGCGAGCGCAGCAUUUAAGGUGAUUUAUUUGUUAUGCUAUUUUUUUUAUAUUUUGAACAAAAAGCUGGCCGUUGCUCCACGGCCGGUGUCCCCGCGCACAAGCAUCACCAAAUAAGAACCAUAAAGUCUGACGUGACAAACUGCUUGCCACUUCCUGUUAGGUGACGUCAAACUAAAAGCGAGCCAUACAGCAGACCGCGUAAAUCACUUCAUCUCCGGUUUAAAACAUAUAUUUUAGAACUGAUAACAUUUUAUAUAACAGUGUUGUUUGUACUCAUUCUUUAAUCGCUUACUUAACAAGGUUACUUCAGGUUUGUAUUUUACAAUGAAGGUCCAAUCUUAGUUUCCGGUACGGCUGCCCUUGUAGAUGAAUUUGACGGUCGGCUCGCUGGUGGCACCUGCGCCUCAGUAGUUGCAUUUUACUGUGCACUGAGCCAGUUUGUCCACAAGAGGGCGCAACGACUACAAAAAAACAAUGAUGGAUUUUUAUUUGUUUUAAUCUAUUCUGGAUUCUGGUGGGAAUACGCACAUUGCUGACGUCAGGAGUAUUUAGUGUUUAAAAUGUUCCAUAUUUGUUAGUGACAGCCUUAUUCCAAAAUAAUUUUCCUCAACAUUCUUCACAAAUCACCCCAUGCUAACAACAUAACAUCUUUAUUAUUAUUAUUAUUAUUUUUUGCAAAAGCAUUACAAAUAAUAAUAGUAAACAAAAAUCCCAUGGAGGCCUACAUAGCCUACAUAUUUUACAGUUUAGAUUUCCACUGCUCAUCCUUGGCUUAGUUCUACCGCACAAUUAUUGUCCAUCUGUGGCAAAUUCAGUUUUGGACAUGAUUAGAUCUUGGGGCACUUACACACAUUCCCCUCCACAGCACCUCUCAAGAUCCAUCAGAACACAAUAUAAACUGACUUCUUAAAACAUUGCCUGUACACAGUCCACAGUUUGACCACAAGAUUGGAUUAGUUCAAUUUUCAUUACUUCCGAUAGGGGAAUAAGAAAUUGUUUCGAAAUCCAGUCAAGUAGUAGUUGCUACCGCCAGCAAAAGUUAAAUAAAAAAGAUAAUUGAAUACAGAAUAAAGAAAAACAUGAACAAUAAAAUAAAUAACAAAAGGAUGGGAAAAAAAUAUAACAAAAGAAAAUAAUACACAGUAAUCCAAAAAGUUGUAUAAAUACAAUAAUAAUAAAAUACACAAUAAUAAUACAUUUAAAUAAAACAAUACAAAUGUGCAGUUGUAUUCUUAUGAAAAGUUUUUUUUGUUUUUUGUUGUUAAAGUAAAUCAUAAAUAAGUCAUUGAUGGCGUAGUGGAACAUUCGCCUGACUUUGGUGCGGUGCGAAUGCCAGUGCGACUGGUUGUCCGUGUCUAUAUGUGCCCUGCGGCUGGCUGGCGACCAGUUCAGGGUGCGGUCCGCCUUUCAUCCCAAGUCGGCUGGGAUAAGCUCCAGCGCCCCGUGACCCAGAACAGGAUAAGCGCUAUUGAGAAUGGAUGGAUAGAUGAAUAAAUCAUAGAUAUAUAUAAAAUGUAAAAUAUGAAUUAAAUAAGAAGUAAAACAAUAAGUAAGCGAAUAAGUAAUUAGCAGUUCUCCCAUUGAUGUUAGAGUUACAUUACUUUUGCAUAUCCUCAUCUACACUACUAUGUCUACUAUGUGCCUAUAUAUACUUUUAAAUGAAGUGAUUUGAGCUGCCCGGAGCGGUGAGACGCCAUCUCCAAUGUGUCUGUCCUCCAACUGUCUUCUGUCCUCCUCCAUCGGUGCUUGCAGACUCACGAGAGAGGACAGCGGAAAGGAGAGUGAGCGCUCGCUGCAGGGGAGGCACAAUAGAACAUCUGUGAUCUGCAAAUGCCUCCUUCUUUCGAGGCGCUUAAAAGAGCUCAACACAAUUCCCCUCCAGACUGGAUGUGUGUGCGCUCUUCCAUCCCCUUCUGGUGCCACACCCUCUGCCAGGUUUAGCCCUCUCCCCAAAUAGCCCCACCAUCAUCAUCCUCCUCCUCACCCUCAUCGGGAACGUCACGUCACUCGGCGUUUUCUUGUGCGAGACGGACACGGUCACGCAGAGCGGGCAAAGAUGUCUCCGAGCGUCCGCCGGUUCUUGUGCCUGAUGGGGGCCGCCUGCCUGGGGCUGCUGCCCUUGCCGCUGCGCGCGCAGGUGGUGGCUGAUGACACAUACUUAAACGAGGUGCAGAACUCAGUGCCUCUGUCCUGCUCCGAGGGUUUCACCGAGCUGGGUUACUACAACGGCACCGUGUCCCAGACGGACUCGGGCGCCCCCUGCCUCAAGUGGACCGAGUUCCCCGACUACGUGGUGCAGUACCCGGGCCGCGGGUUGGGCGCGCACAGCUACUGCCGGAACCCGGACCGCGAGUCCGACCCCUGGUGCUUCUUUCGGCAGAACUCGGGCGCCAUCGGCUGGGCCUACUGCGACUGCCACCAGGGCGCCGCCCGGCUGGUCGGCGCCUCGUCGUCCGGGAGCGGGCGAGUUGAAGUGUACCUGAACGGCCAGUGGGGGGCGGUGUGCGACUCGCACUGGACCGACCGGGAUGCCAGCGUUGUCUGCAGGCAGGUGGGCUUAAGCGACAUCGGCACGGCGUUGCGGCACUCCCAGCUCGCCUCGGGUUCCGGCCUCUUCCACUUUGAGCGUCUGGGUUGCCGUGGCGACGAGAGCAGCGUGAGCGCCUGCAAGAGCAGGACGUUUGUCACCGGGGACUGUAACCAUGGAAACGAGGCGGCUGUCUCGUGUGCGCCUCCUGAAGGCGGCGGAACCCCGCUUCGACUGGUCGGAGGCGAGGAAGACUUUGAAGGGCGCGUGGAGGUGUUCCACGCCGGGAGGUGGGGCUCCGUGUGCGACGACCAAUGGGACGACAGAGACGCGGAAGUGGUAUGCAGACAACUGGGCUUCAGCGGUGUGGCCAAGGCGUGGUCGUGGGCUCACUUUGGUCAGGGAUCAGGUCCCAUCCUGCUGGACGCCGUCACGUGCACGGGAAACGAAUUGUUCCUGGAUCAGUGUGCACACGGACACUGGGAGCAGCACAACUGCGACCACAUGGAGGACGCGGGAGUCUCCUGCAGCCCUUACACAGACGGGGUGGUGCGUCUGGUGGGGGGCGACAGUCCGUGGGAGGGCCGAGUGGAGGUGCUCCACAACGGCGACUGGGGGACCGUGUGUGACGACCAUUGGACGGAGCGGCACGCCCACGUGGUCUGUGGACAGCUGGGAUACAGGGGUCACGCAGAGGUCGUGUCGGACGGGACGUUCGGCGAGGGCGCCGGUCUCAUCCUGCUGGACGACGUCCACUGCGACGGCUCUGAGUCGUCCCUGCCGGACUGCCGCCACGGCAUCUGGGGCCGCACCGACUGCUCCCACUCGGAGGACGUCGCCGUGCGCUGCAGAGCAAAGGCCGAAGACGAGACCAACGACGUGCCUGUCGUCGCGCCAUCCACAGGCCCGCUGCUGCGUCUCGCCGGCGGCGUCAGCAGGAAGGAGGGGCGCGUGGAGGUCUAUCUCCACGGCGACUGGGGGACCAUCUGUGACUCGGGGUGGAACGACCUCAACGCCGCCGUUGUGUGCAGGCAGUUGGGACACAGGGGCAGAGCGCUGGCCGCUGGGGGCUUCACACAGGCUAAAGGACCAAUCCACCUGGACCAAGUUCGGUGCACGGGCAAGGAGGAGUUCCUGGGCGAGUGUCCCUCACUGGGCCUGAACAUCCUAGGCUGCAGGCGGGGCCAGGCUGCAGGGGUCAAGUGCGAUGCCUCUGCCGCCUCGACACAUGACCCGACGGUUCGAGUCAGCCACCAAGAGGCCAGCUGCGGCGUGAGAAAGUUUCACGAUGACAGCGGUGAGACUAAGGCCCGAGAGGGAGGAGGGAACACGCUCAGGACCGCAUGGCCUUGGCAGGCCUCUGUGUGGCUUCAGUCCCAAAGUCGAGAUGGCGGCCCUCUCUGCAGCGCCACUCUGAUUGGCUCCUGCUGGGCGCUCACAUCUGCCACCUGUUUCGCCAGGUUUGGAACGGAGCCGUCCAAGUACGUGGUGCGGCUAGGGACUUCUGAGCGGACCUUGAACACAGAGCGGGUGGUGGUCCACAAGAAGUUCAAAGGUCAGAGCGGAGGUCACGACCUGGCGCUGCUCAAGCUGCCCGGGGCCCAGAAGGGUCACUGUUUCACAUUUGACCCUCACGUCAACGCCGCUUGCCUGCCCGACGAUGACCACAGCAGCACGCCAGCGGCCUGUGUUGUUAUGGUGACGACGCGGUGGAGCACACCAGACUCUGUCCUGGCGUCGUGGGUUCCCGUCAUGUCGUCAUGGCAAUGCAAGAAGCGUCACGGCGACAGCUUCUCCAGCCACGGCACUGUGUGCGCCGGCAGCCCCCCGGACACCAGCCUGCUCCGCGGCAGCAGCGACGGUUGCCGUGGCAACUCCGGAGGCGGACUGCUGUGUCAGAGCGAGGCGGGCCGGUGGGUACUGGCGGGGGUGGUCGCCGGUGGCUACGGCUGUGCGGACACCUCUUCGCCGGCGCUCUACACGCGCGUCAGCCGAUUCCGCAGCUGGAUUGACGAAGUCACCUGGGCCGAUUCCCAAAAUGGCCGACAAGGGGGGGAAACGAACGACAUUGGACAACACGCGCACACAAAACACACACACCACCCACAGAUGGCGGUUUGAUCGAGGCCUCAUUGGCUUACCAACUGUGCCACGGGACCACCAGAGAAAACAAGGACUCUGACGAUUGGUGGAUGUCUUGCUUCCCAACGAAAGGCCAAACAAAGAUGGCCAAUCAGCAUGUGCUGUCACAUCCUAAAUUCAAUCGGGUAAAUUAUCUGGCAAGGGUACACAAUUAAGACAACAAUUAAUAUUGGCGCUGACUGCUAAUUAAUGUACAGCUGAUAAACAUGCAACAACGUCAACAAAAAAAAGGGCUUUUCUUUGCAGGCUCAUAAUGGAUGACCGAGCUACUUCAAUAUGACCGUGAACCAUAUAAUGUGUCAUCCAUCCGUUCCUUUUCUAUGGCGCUUAUCCUAAUUUUGGUCGGAGGUGAGGUGGAGCCUAUCCCAGCUGAUUUCUUGGGCGAGAGGCAGGGUACAGCCUGGACUAGUUUUAGAUUUGCCAAGUCAAUCUUCAGACUUAAACCCUACCGAGAACGCAUUUUACCUGCUUAAGAGGAGACUUGAUGAGAGUAAACCCCAGUAGUCGGCUGCGAUAAGUUCCAGCUCGCCCGCGACUCAGUGAGGCUAAGUGGUACAGAAAAUGGAUAGUUGUGUGUCUAUGUGCCCUGUGACUGACUGUCGACCAGUCCAGGGUGUAACCCACCUCCUGCUGUGAUCGGCAUCCUAGUGAGGAUGAGCGCUAUAGAAAUUGGACGGAUGAAUUACAGUCCAAUACCACUGAAGGUGUACCUAAUAUUGCAACUGGUGAGAAAUAAGAAGAAGACCGACAUAAUUUCAGAAUUUGGGGUGGGUGAACAAUAUACGGUCAAUAGAACGUAUCGUGACACGGUUAAUUCGUUGUUCAUGUUUGUAUUUGCGAGAAAUAAGAAUUAAGGCCGACAUAACUGCAGUAUUUGUGAUUUAUGAAUGACAAAUGGCAUUGCCUCACUUACCUUUAAAAUAGUGGUCCACAAAGCAGGCAGGAAUCUCGAACAUAAUCAUUCAUGGAUAUUGUAAUAAUAAUUACUAAUAAAAAACGGUACGGUCCUUAAAUGUAUAGAAGCAGAUUAAAAGCCAUUGAAGGUCUGAUUCUGAUGGUGCAGGUAAAGUAGAGCUAGAGUGUGUAUGUACAAUAUGUGGCCUGUGAAUAUUUCAAUUACAAUAUUGCUUCUGACCACGAGAUGGCGUCGUCUCCCCGUUUUGUCUUUUUUUUAUGAUUCGAUCCAGUGUGCUGUCAUUUGUUGGCCUUGGUGCUUCGUUGUAUUGUGACUCAUUGUGUCGUCCAACAUCUUGUCACAGGAGACCAACAUGCUUCCGAUUGUGGACAUAAUCAACAUUAAAGCUUCCAUUAGCGGGUUAACGGGGACAUUCUGCUGGUGAUUCUGUACUUAACAAUAAAGCUUCCAACAGCAGACUGAACUUUCUGCUUCUGGUUUUGUUGUUGAAAUUAUCAACAUUAAAGCUUCAACCUUCUAAUUCUGCACAUAAACGGUAU